AUGAAGCAGCCACCAGGCUAUGAAGACCCUACGCAUCCUAACUACGUGUGUCAUCUGCAACGCUCUCUCUAUGGCUUAAAACAAGCACCCCGGGCUUGGUUUAAACGUCUCCAUGAUUAUUUACUAUCAGCUGGUUUCUCCGCCUCCAAGACGGAUGUCUCACUUUUUCACUACUCGAGUGGUACAUCACGGGUAUUCCUCUUGGUCUAUGUGGAUGAUAUCAUAAUGAUGGGAAACGACUCGGCCUUAAUUGACACUUUGCUCAGACAGUUAUCCACUGCUUUUAAAAUUCGCAAUCUUGGUACUCCGGGGUUCUUUCUUGGUAUCGAGACUCUAACAACCGAUAGUGGCUUAUUACUUACUCAGCGGCGUUACAUGCAUGAUAUUUUGCAGCGAGCUGGGAUGACGGACUGCAAACCUCUGGCUACUCCAGCAGCUGUGACUAAGGCCGUUACACCAUCAGACGAACCGUACGACAAUCCAACUCAGUAUAGGCGACUUGUUGGGGCGCUACAGUAUCUCACCAUUACUCGCCCGGAUCUUUCUUACGCGGUUAACCGCCUUUGUCAGUUUAUGCACUCACCGACGGUCGAUCAUUACGGGGUUUUGAAACGAGUCUUACGGUAUAUCAAGGGCACUCUGGAAUGCGGGCUACGUCUGUCACCAUCGACCUCCACAACUAUUCACGCCUUCUCGGACUCCGACUGGGCUGGGUGUCCUGUCGACAGAAAAAGCACAAGUGGGUAUGCUGUCUUCUUAGGUUCUAAUCUUGUUUCUUAG